CAACUUUAUGUUCUCGCGUGCAAGCACUCCAUCAAUUUUAUAUUCUCACAAUAAAAGUUAAUCAUCCUUGAUGUUUUGGCAAGGACCUCAGUGAACGGCGUGCUUCCAAGGGACCUUUGAAUUUGUCAUGAUUCAGUUUCUGUUAGUCUACAGCAGGUGGCAGAGGUGUUCCGGUCUUUCCAGCUGCGCAUAUGGUCGUCACAGUGAUCAACCGAGGACAGGAUUUAGUAUUUGAGGACUUCCCCAUUCGUCAUCGUUCAUCUUCACUGUUCUCUGCGCUCCAGCUUCUGGUCCGUUGUUCUCGUUCCUUGUUUAUUGCUCCUGGUUUUCUUUGAGUGCUUGUAAAGCAUGGCAGUGAAUGUGGCCGGACUUGUGGCUGUGGGGGUCUUUUACGUGGUAAUCCUGCUGACCGGGAUCUUGGCCUCGCGCAAGUCAAAGCAAGUGGAGAAGAAAUGCUUGGAGAGAAGGAGCGAAGUUGCCAUUGUUGGAGGACGCAACAUAAACAUUGUGGUUUCUGUAUUCACAAUGACAGCAACAUGGGUUGGUGGAGGUUACAUUAUGGGCACUGCUGAGGCUGUUUACAUGCCAACUCGUGGACUUGUCUGGGCUUCUGCACCUCUUGCAUAUCUUGUGAAUUUUAUUUUAGGCGCUACAAUGAGCAUCGUCCUUGAUAUAUCACCUAUACUGUCCAUCCUGAUCUCUGCGGCUGUCUCCAUUAUCUACACUGUUCUUGGAGGCCUGUACGCAGUUGUGUACACUGAUAUCAUCCAACUGUCCUUCAUAUUUGUCAGUCUGUGGCUCUGUAUCCCAUUCAUUUUUCUCAGCCCUGCGUUGACUGACCUUUCACAAACAAUCCAUCUCAACGAUUCAAACGUCCACUCUUGGAUAGGAGAGGUGAAGCUUGAAGAUGCAGGAAAAUGGACUGAUGAAUUUCUCAUAGUGGCUUUAGGUGGACUUUCAUGUCAAUCCUUACACCAGAGGAUCCUCGCGGCGGCCUCCUCAUCCAAGGCUCAGGUGUCCUGCUUUGCUGCUGCAGCUUUUGCUUUUAUUAUGGGAAUCCCAUCAGUGAUCAUUGGAGCAACAGCUGCUUCAGCAGACUGGAACCAGACAGAAUAUGGUCUUCCCCCACCUUAUGAGCGUGGUGAGGCAGGAAAUAUCCUGCCAUUGGCUCUGUCCUACAUCACACCGUCCUGGGUGUCCGUGUUGGGCAUCGGCUCUGUAGCAGCAGCAGUGAUGUCAUCCACGGACUCUGCAUUACUGUCAUCGGCGUCCAUGUUCACGCAAAACAUAUACAAGGCAACUUUGAGAAAGCAGGCAUCAGACAGAGAGCUGCAGUGGGUCACCAGGAUUUGUGUGCUGAUGGUGGGCCUGGCUGGGACCGGUUUGGCCUUUAACAAGAGCAGCAUGCUUGCACUCCUGCUGCUCACGACAGACUUACUCUACUGCAUUGUGACCCCGCAGCUGGUCUGUGUGGUGCACCUCAGAUCUGCCAAUUGCUAUGGCGCCAUCAGUGGCUACACGGUCGCUCUGCUGCUGCGUGUGCUGAGCGGCGAGCCGGCGCUCGGCAUCCCUCCUGUUCUGCUCUACCCGGGCUGGAGGGAAGCGGACGGCGUCAUCACGCAGUACUUUCCCUUCAGGACUCUGAUUGCGUUCAUCUCUCUGGCGGUUGUCGUUCUUGUGUCUUGCCUGGUCCAGUUGGGCUUCAAUCACAAUGUCAUUCCUCAUUCCUGGGAUGUGUUGGACGUUUUCAAAAAGAAAAUUGAGCCAGAGGAGGACGAGACACCAACACCACUUUCUCACGAGGGAAAGAACUUUGUCCUGAAUACAGCAUUGUAGCUUCAUAGUGCAUGCAUGUUGUUUAAAACAUCAGAAUCCGAAUCAUCUUUAUUGGCCGAGUAUGUAGCACACACACAAGGAAUUUGUCUCCGGAAGUACACGCUGCACUAGUAUCAUCAUAAACAAGGACAUGACAAAUCAGUGUAGAAGAACAUUCCAAAAUGGAAGUGUUCCGUUGUGCAGUGGUACCACCCAAUGACAACUGUCAGACAAUAUGCACAGUAUCAAGCAGAGCUAAAGUGAUCAGUGGUAGAAUACAAUACAAUGACAGUUGUGCAAUUCAAAAAAAAUAGUACAAACAACCUACAUUGAUCAGAGUUAAAAUGAUAAAUUCUAAACAUUAAAUAUAAUGAUAAAUCAGAACUAAGUUGAUAAAUAGAGAAAGGUAUUGAAAUAUCCAUUAUGAAUACAAGAGAAAAUUGACACAAGAGUGCUAGGGUGUGGAUGUAUAUAAUCCCGAUACAAACCAAAAGUUGUAA